AUGGUAAGAGAGGAUAAUCGUGGUAACACGCCACUGCACUAUGCAGCAUCUGUGGGCAAUGCUGAAAGUGUGAGGCUGAUGCUGGACACCGGGGCAUACCCCGAGAAAGUGAAUGAAGAUGGCCGGACCCCACUACAUUUCGCCAGCAUGUCUGGUGACACCGAGUGUGUGAAGCUACUUUUAGAAGCCGGUGCAAGAUUGGUAAGACAGGAUAAUCGUGGUAACACGCCACUGCACUAUGCAGCAUCUGUGGGCAAUGCUGAAAGUGUGAGGCUGAUGCUGGACACCGGGGCGUACCCCGAGAAAGUGAAUGAAGAUGGCCGGACUCCACUACAUUUCGCCAGCAUGUCUGGUGACACCGAGUGUGUGAAGCUACUUUUAGAAGCCGGUGCAAGAUUGGUAAGACAGGAUAAUCGUGGUAACACGCCACUGCACUAUGCAGCAUCUGUGGGCAAUGCUGAAAGUGUGAGGCUGAUGCUGGACACCGGGGCGUACCCCGAGAAAGUGAAUGAAGAUGGCCGGACUCCACUACAUUUCGCCAGCAUGUCUGGUGACACCGAGUGUGUGAAGCUACUUUUAGAAGCCGGUGCAAGAUUGGUAAGACAGGAUAAUCGUGGUAACACGCCACUGCACUAUGCAGCAUCUGUGGGCAAUGCUGAAAGUGUGAGGCUGAUGCUGGACACCGGGGCGUACCCCGAGAAAGUGAAUGAAGAUGGCCGGACUCCACUACAUUUCGCCAGCAUGUCUGGUGACACCGAGUGUGUGAAGCUACUUUUAGAAGACGGUGCAAGAAUGGUAAGACAGGAUAAUCGUGGUAACACGCCACUGCACUAUGCAGCAUCUGUGGGCAGUGCUGAAAGUGUGAGGCUGAUGCUGGACACCGGGGCGUACCCCGAGAAAGUGAAUGAAGAUGGCCGGACCCCACUACAUUUCGCCAGCAUGUCUGGUGACACCGAGUGUGUGAAGCUACUUUUAGAAGCCGGUGCAAGAUUGGUAAGACAGGAUAAUCGUGGUAACACGCCACUGCACUAUGCAGCAUCUGUGGGCAAUGCUGAAAGUGUGAGGCUGAUGCUGGACACCGGGGCGUACCCCGAGAAAGUGAAUGAAGAUGGCCGGACUCCACUACAUUUCGCCAGCAUGUCUGGUGACACCGAGUGUGUGAAGCUACUUUUAGAAGCCGGUGCAAGAUUGGUAAGACAGGAUAAUCGUGGUAACACGCCACUGCACUAUGCAGCAUCUGUGGGCAAUGCUGAAAGUGUGAGGCUGAUGCUGGACACCGGGGCGUACCCCGAGAAAGUGAAUGAAGAUGGCCGGACUCCACUACAUUUCGCCAGCAUGUCUGGUGACACCGAGUGUGUGAAGCUACUUUUAGAAGCCGGUGCAAGAUUGGUAAGACAGGAUAAUCGUGGUAACACGCCACUGCACUAUGCAGCAUCUGUGGGCAAUGCUGAAAGUGUGAGGCUGAUGCUGGACACCGGGGCGUACCCCGAGAAAGUGAAUGAAGAUGGCCGGACUCCACUACAUUUCGCCAGCAUGUCUGGUGACACCGAGUGUGUGAAGCUACUUUUAGAAGCCGGUGCAAGAUUGGUAAGACAGGAUAAUCGUGGUAACACGCCACUGCACUAUGCAGCAUCUGUGGGCAAUGCUGAAAGUGUGAGGCUGAUGCUGGACACCGGGGCGUACCCCGAGAAAGUGAAUGAAGAUGGCCGGACUCCACUACAUUUCGCCAGCAUGUCUGGUGACACCGAGUGUGUGAAGCUACUUUUAGAAGCCGGUGCAAGAUUGGUAAGACAGGAUAAUCGUGGUAACACGCCACUGCACUAUGCAGCAUCUGUGGGCAAUGCUGAAAGUGUGAGGCUGAUGCUGGACACCGGGGCGUACCCGGAGAAAGUGAAUGAAGAUGGCCGGACUCCACUACAUUUCGCCAGCAUGUCUGGUGACACCGAGUGUGUGAAGCUACUUUUAGAAGCCGGUGCAAGAUUGGUAAGACAGGAUAAUCGUGGUAACACGCCACUGCACUAUGCAGCAUCUGUGGGCAAUGCUGAAAGUGUGAGGCUGAUGCUGGACACCGGGGCGUACCCCGAGAAAGUGAAUGAAGAUGGCCGGACUCCACUACAUUUCGCCAGCAUGUCUGGUGACACCGAGUGUGUGAAGCUACUUUUAGAAGCCGGUGCAAGAUUGGUAAGACAGGAUAAUCGUGGUAACACGCCACUGCACUAUGCAGCAUCUGUGGGCAAUGCUGAAAGUGUGAGGCUGAUGCUGGACACCGGGGCGUACCCCGAGAAAGUGAAUGAAGAUGGCCGGACUCCACUACAUUUCGCCAGCAUGUCUGGUGACACCGAGUGUGUGAAGCUACUUUUAGAAGACGGUGCAAGAAUGGUAAGACAGGAUAAUCGUGGUAACACGCCACUGCACUAUGCAGCAUCUGUGGGCAGUGCUGAAAGUGUGAGGCUGAUGCUGGACACCGGGGCAUACCCCGAGAAAGUGAAUGAAGAUGGCCGGACCCCACUACAUUUCGCCAGCAUGUCUGGUGACACCGAGUGUGUGAAGCUACUUUUAGAAGCCGGUGCAAGAUUGGUAAGACAGGAUAAUCGUGGUAACACGCCACUGCACUAUGCAGCAUCUGUGGGCAAUGCUGAAAGUGUGAGGCUGAUGCCGGACACCGGGGCGUACCCCGAGAAAGUGAAUGAAGAUGGCCGGACUCCACUACAUUUCGCCAGCAUGUCUGGUGACACCGAGUGUGUGAAGCUACUUUUAGAAGACGGUGCAAGAAUGGUAAGACAGGAUAAUCGUGGUAACACGCCACUGCACUAUGCAGCAUCUGUGGGCAGUGCUGAAAGUGUGAGGCUGAUGCUGGACACCGGGGCAUACCCCGAGAAAGUGAAUGAAGUUGGCCAGACCCCACUACAUUUCGCCAGCAUGUCUGGUGACACCGAGUGUGUGAAGCUACUUUUAGAAGACGGUGCAAGAUUGGUAAGACAGGAUAAUCGUGGUAACACGCCACUGCACUAUGCAGCAUCUGUGGGCAAUGCUGAAAGUGUGAGGCUGAUGGUGGACACCGGGGCGUACCCCGAGAAAGUGAAUGAAGAUGGCCGGACUCCACUACAUUUCGCCAGCAUGUCUGGUGACACCGAGUGUGUGAAGCUACUUUUAGAAGCCGGUGCAAGAUUGGUAAGACAGGAUAAUCGUGGUAACACGCCACUGCACUAUGCAGCAUCUGUGGGCAAUGCUGAAAGUGUGAGGCUGAUGCUGGACACCGGGGCGUACCCCGAGAAAGUGAAUGAAGAUGGCCGGACUCCACUACAUUUCGCCAGCAUGUCUGGUGACACCGAGUGUGUGAAGCUACUUUUAGAAGCCGGUGCAAGAUUGGUAAGACAGGAUAAUCGUGGUAACACGCCACUGCACUAUGCAGCAUCUGUGGGCAAUGCUGAAAGUGUGAGGCUGAUGCUGGACACCGGGGCGUACCCCGAGAAAGUGAAUGAAGAUGGCCGGACUCCACUACAUUUCGCCAGCAUGUCUGGUGACACCGAGUGUGUGAAGCUACUUUUAGAAGCCGGUGCAAGAUUGGUAAGACAGGAUAAUCGUGGUAACACGCCACUGCACUAUGCAGCAUCUGUGGGCAAUGCUGAAAGUGUGAGGCUGAUGCUGGACACCGGGGCGUACCCCGAGAAAGUGAAUGAAGAUGGCCGGACUCCACUACAUUUCGCCAGCAUGUCUGGUGACACCGAGUGUGUGAAGCUACUUUUAGAAGACUGUGCAAGAAUGGUAAGACAGGAUAAUCGUGGUAACACGCCACUGCACUAUGCAGCAUCUGUGGGCAGUGCUGAAAGUGUGAGGCUGAUGCUGGACACCGGGGCAUACCCCGAGAAAGUGAAUGAAGUUGGCCAGACCCCACUACAUUUCGCCAGCAUGUCUGGUGACACCGAGUGUGUGAAGCUACUUUUAGAAGCCGGUGCAAGAUUGGUAAGACAGGAUAAUCGUGGUAACACGCCACUGCACUAUGCAGCAUCUGUGGGCAAUGCUGAAAGUGUGAGGCUGAUGCUGGACACCGGGGCGUACCCCGAGAAAGUGAAUGAAGAUGGCCGGACUCCACUACAUUUCGCCAGCAUGUCUGGUGACACCGAGUGUGUGAAGCUACUUUUAGAAGACGGUGCAAGAUUGGUAAGACAGGAUAAUCGUGGUAACACGCCACUGCACUAUGCAGCAUCUGUGGGCAAUGCUGAAAGUGUGAGGCUGAUGCUGGACACUGGGGCAUACUCAGAGAAAGUGAAUGAAGAUGGCCGGACUCCACUACAUUUCGCCAGCAUGUCUGGUGACACCGAGUGUGUGAAGCUACUUUUAGAAGCCGGUGCAAGAAUGGUAAGAGAGGAUAAUCGUGGUAACACGCCACUGCGCUAUGCAGCAUCUGUGGGCAAUGCUGAAAGUGUGAGGCUGAUGCUGGACACCAGGGCAUACUCAGAGAAAGUGAAUGAAGAUGGCCGGACUCCACUACAUUUCACCAGCAUGUCUGGUGACACCGAGUGUGUGAAGCUACUUCUAGAAGCCGGUGCAAGAAUGGUAAGAGAGGAUAAUCGUGGUAACACGCCACUGCACUAUGCAGCAUCUGUGGGCAAUGCUGAAAGCGUGAAGCUGCUGCUCAAGGUUGGGGCAUACCCCGAGCAAGUUAAUAAAGACGGGCAGACUCCACUUCAUGUUGUUGGCAUGUCCAUAGACAUUCAGUGUGUGAGACGAGUUUUGAAAGCUUGUUCCAUAGUCGCAACACGUAACAAUCAUUACAAUAUACCAAUGUACUGUGCAGCAGUAAAGGGAAUGACCAAGAGGUAUUAA